AUGUUUGAAGAAGUGGCUUUUCCGUUCGAAUCGAAUGAAGUGCUAGGUUUGCCAGUACCAAUUCCAAAUAGAAACAUAAAAGGAAGAUUGUUCUAAAAUGCUGAGGAAGCUGAAUAGAUUCAAGAGUAUAAAGAGAAUUGUUCUAAGUUUGCUAUUGUAUUGCGUGUUUGUUUGCUAACUCUACUUUACUGUUAUGAAAUUCACUCAAUUAUACAUCGAUGCCCUUCUGGUUAGUAACCUUAAGUGCUAGUAAUCUUGCCCAACUUUUAUCAGUACAAAUACUUCUUCAACCGUAUCAGAAAAAAAUUCUUCUAGCUCAUCAAUAGCUCAUCAAAUCAAGUAAUCGAAACUUAACCCUCAUUUAAUAUAACAAAAGGAAUAGAGUAUCAUUAAUUCAACAACAAAAACUGCCAAUUCUACUAAAUAUCAAUCUUAAUUUAGAGCGAAUAAAGAAGUCGUAGCUAUCUUACCAAUACUACUAUUCUCAUUUUUUGGAUUUAUGAUCUUUUUCAUUAUGCUCAAAUUUGCUUAGUACAUUAUAGAAUAAGCUGUAAAAGAUAUAAGAUGGUGCAAAGGCCUUAGGCUAAAGAAGAAUUUCAAGCAAUUUAAAUCUUAGAUUGA